CGGCUCGCGCUCACAUUCGUCUCUGUGUUUCUGCAGAAGAAGAAGAAAAACAGCAACAUGAGCGGCAGAGGAAAGGGAGGCAAAGGACUCGGUAAAGGAGGCGCCAAGCGUCACCGGAAAGUUCUCCGUGACAACAUCCAGGGAAUCACCAAGCCCGCCAUCCGCCGUCUGGCUCGCCGCGGGGGAGUCAAGCGCAUCUCCGGCCUCAUCUACGAGGAGACCCGCGGUGUGCUCAAGGUCUUCCUGGAGAACGUCAUCCGCGACGCCGUCACCUACACCGAGCACGCCAAGAGGAAGACCGUCACCGCCAUGGACGUGGUCUACGCUCUCAAGAGGCAGGGCCGCACUCUGUACGGCUUCGGGGGUUAAACUCGCAACCACUGCAAAAAAGCAAACCAACUAAACAAAACAAAGGCCCUUUUCAGGGCCACACACUCACCUCUUCAUCAGCCAGUAUUCCUGUAAAUGUGGCUUUAUAAAUCUAAUUAUUUAUGAUUAACCUUCACUUCCUAAAGGACAAAGAUGGCUUUUUGUGCAAAUAACAAUUUCUGCAAUGAAACCCUUAAAACUAUUCUAAACCAGAAAAGUAUCAUGUGGUUCCUCACCUUGUAAAACUGAUGCUGACACCUGCUGGACCUAAAAAAUAACUACAACCUUGUUGAUACAGUUAACUGAGUGAUUUGAUGUCCGAGUUACAGUAUCAUUGUAAUUUAUUUAGUGAGUAAAUAUCAACAUAACAUCAUAAUCCAAGUGAAACAGUUCAUGAAGUUGCAUGUCGACUGGAUCUAUUUUUUCCCCCACAGAUUUUGAUGAAGACAUUUCAUAAAACGUUUUAGGA